AACCAGCAAAUGAAACACAGACCCCAAAAACCCUUUUAAAGAUUUUCUCACUGCCACACAGAAUUUGUGGCUGUGAAUUCAUUACCUUUUCUGACGUGUCACACAAAGAAAAACCCCCUUCUUCUGCCCUUCCUCUUUUCGUCCAACUAAGUACACACGAAAAAUCAAGAAAACAUAAAAUAUUGUACCCCAUCUGAAAAAACAACGACAAAACCCAUCAUUUUUUCAGUGAGUUGAAGUUUAUUUAUUUCUUCUGUCUUGCAAGCAACUACAUAUAUAGAAAGAAAGAAAGUGGAGAAAAACUGAGGAAAAACAAAAGAAUGUCUGAAGUUAAACUUUUUGGAAAGACAAUUGUUUUGCCAAUUGAUGAUCUUCGAAGCUCUUCUGUUAACACUACAUCACAUGAUGAUCAGAUCACUUCCGAAGGAGAGUUUACGCAGAGUAAAAACAGAGACGAUUUUGCCAAUUCAACUGUAGACGAGUCGGUUGAACCAGAAGCAUCAUCUGGUAUAAGCGAUGACCCCAAGACACAGGAUGCUGGUAAAGAAACAUCGUCCCCAAAAUCUACCAAGAAGGAAGAUCCAAGUAAGGUACUGAAAAAGCCGGACAAAAUACUUCCCUGUCCGCGCUGUAAUAGCAUGGAAACCAAAUUCUGCUACUAUAAUAAUUACAAUGUCAACCAGCCCCGUCACUUUUGCAAGAAGUGUCAGAGAUAUUGGACAGCUGGCGGAACGAUGAGAAAUGUGCCUGUUGGUUCUGGUCGCCGCAAGAACAAAAGUUCUUCCACUUCAAGUUACCGUCAUAUAAUGGUGUCGGAUGCCCUCCAAGCAUCCCGGUUUGAAGGGAUGAAUCUUCCUACUUUCAGAGCAAAUGGAACUGUUCUUGCAUUUGGAUCAGAUAAAGUACCCCUUUGUGAUUCCAUGGCUUCUAUAUUGAACCUUGCAGAAAAGUCACAUAGCUCUAUUGGGAAUGAUCGAUCAAGUGAGGCUUGUAGUACGACCUCAAAUUCAACAGAAAAAGGGAAUAAUUUUUCCACUACACAUGAUUUAGCCUGGAAAAAUUUUCAGGCGUUUCCACCCCAAAUGCAUCACUUUCCAGGGCCUACUUGGCCUUAUUCGGUGCCACCACCCGCCCUUGCUCCUUCUGGUUAUCCGGUAUCGUUUUACCCUCCAUCCCCCUACUGGGGUUGUACUGUUGCAAGCCCUUGGAAUGUCCCAUGGGUAUCUCCACCGCCCUCGUAUAGCACGAGUCCUACUUCUCCGACCUUAGGAAAACAUUCUCGGGACGAAAGCAGCAUGCUUAAUCCAUCAAACUCGGGGAAAGAGGAUACUUUGAAGGACAAAGGUGGAGAGAGAAGUGUAGUGAUUCCUAAAACAUUGAGAAUUGAUGAUCUAGAUGAAGCAGCUAAGAGCUCUAUGUGGUCUACACUAGGUAUUAAGAACGAGAAGAACGAUUCAGCUAAUGGCUCAUCAAGGCUCUUCAAGGCCUUCAAUUCAAAAGUUGAUGAGACAAACAAUGAAUCCGACACUAAUCUAGUCCUGCAAGCUAACCCUGCAGCCUUGUCCAGAUCACGUAAUUUCCAAGAGACCACGUGAGGAUACCGAGUUCUCAAGUCAAUCCUUCCCUUUGAAGUAGAGGUGUUAUCAGCGUUGUAAAUUAUGUCUUCCAGAUCACAAUUUUGUGGCUGCAACAGUUCCGAAGAACGUCAGUCAAUGCAGGAACUAAAUUGAUCUAAUUGUGCAUCUCUAGGAAGAAAAGCAGAUAACGUGUGCGCACCAAGGGAGAACCUGCCACUAAGUCCCCUUGGUUUGCAAUCCUUCAUUUGUCAUUCAGGAGAAGCAUUUAUAGUUUUGGGAGUUUGUUUAUCUUGUACAUAUAACGUAUAGGGUGCUAAUGAUAUAGAAAAUAAGGCCGACUUCUUGAAUGAACUUCGGUAUGCAACGGAAGAAUCUGGUGAUGUAAAUCUGGAAUAUAUCCUUUUUUGAGAGUCUAUAUAUGAAUCUUUUACUGAC